CAGACCUAAUAAUUUGCAUUUGAAGAGAAAGUGAGCGAUUGCGAAAAGGUUGGCCGAAUUGUUGUAAUAGAUAAGCUUAUGGUACCCAUGGGAGAAGAAUUUAAACGAAUAUAGUCACUAUUUAAAGAAUGAAUUUCCCUUCAGAUAGCGACCAGGCGAAUGAAGUCGAUUUCUUUACAAGCAAAUGGAACGCGUAACUUACCAUUCCCGGUUUGUUUACAUGAGACACAACUGCUUUGAAAAGUAUGGCGGACGUCGACAUGGACAUGGCGAAUUGUUCCGAUCGAAUUGUCGUCUCCAGUCCUGGAUGUUCGAGCUCUGGGGCUGUUUUUGCGGAAAUGUUCGUACUGUCGGUUAUUUUUUUGGGAUCUGUGCUCGGAAAUGGGCUUAUUCUGCUGGUCAUACAGAAAAGUCGGCGAAGCGAAUGGACCACGAAUUAUUUUGUUUUGAGUUUGGGCUUAUCAAACUUGACGGUACCGUUCAUGUGUAUUCUUUGGACCAUGAUUUGGAUCAUGCAUGGAUCGUGGCUGUUUGAUGUAACUUGUAAACUGACCUUCUUUUUCCACUUCUUAAACGCUGGUGUGUCUUCGGGGCUUCUGGCCUGUAUUUCAUUGGAUCGAUUCUACAUCAUUGUACAUCCUUUAAAGUUCAAAAUGAGCCGUUCUCAAACUAAAGAGCUUAUUAUUUUCGUUUGGAUCUUUAUGAUUUGUUCUUCGGCACCAACCUUGUAUUUCUUCACAUCAACGUCACCAGACAAAGUGGAUAACGAAAAUUUUUGCCGUGGCGACGUCACAGGAGUUGAAUGGAAGGUCUUCAUAAUGUUAUUUUUCUUUCUUGCGUUUUGUUCCCCUCUUAUCUUCACCGUUGUGAUGUACUUACGGAUCGCAUUCGCUGUUAUAACUCGAAAUCUUCACGCGAAAAAUACCCCAAAUAGUUUCAGACGGAAUGCGUUUCGUGUACCUCGUUCGAAAAUCAAAGUACUUCGUAUGCUGUUUCUUCAGUGGCUCGUAUUUAUUUGUUGUUGUCUUCCGUACUUUCUAAGCCUCGUUCUUUCUUCGUUGAACUAUAAUUUGAAGCUAUACGUGUACAUGAGUUUUUUAAUACUCUCCUUUUCAAAUUCAGCUUUAAACGUAGCGAUAUAUGCCCUAUUCAGUGGGGAUUUUCGCCAAGGAUGCAAAAGAGUGUUUUGUAAGCCUGAUGCAUCACAAGCAUACAGGUUGACUUCUCUCGGGCGCAAACAUCGUAUUGCUCCUUUUGAAUUUAGCUCCGAUCACGUAGAAGGGAUGGAGUUGCGACUUCCAGAACAUAAACCAGUAGAUAAAUAUUCUCAACGUAGUCAAAAUCGUGAAGGUGCGAAUGGUUAUUUUAAUACUUUAGAAAAACAAAACCAAGCAUGGGCUGUAAGAAGUGCAAGCGAUCGACAAGGUAGCAUUUAGAAUAUACUUUAUUUAAUGACGCUAACGUGAUUUAAAUCGCGGCUGGAACGUGAAUUUUACGUAAUUUAAAUGUUAUUUCUCUCUUUAAAAUUGCCAGAAAGAUAUAAAUAUAGAAAAAAAAUGUAAAGUAAUUAAAUACACAGAAAUCUAACUUAAAAACUCUCUAAUGGGUCCAAAUUUAAUGUGUAAAAAAAAAAAAAACUACCCUAGAUUUUGGAAUGUGAAAACUGUCAGGAAACCUCAAGUUUAUAUUUAAAUCGUGAAUUGUAGAAUUUUUAUUUAAAAAUACUAAGAGGUAAUACCAAGAAAAGCUUUCUGUUCAAAUUCUGUAAAAAUGGUAUCUGGUAAAGCAAACAAUGCCAGGUGAACAAAGACAGGUUAUUUAUGCAUAGACACUGGCUGGGUAGCUGAAGUUUAAAAAUUAUGCAUACACAAAGUGAGAGGACAGACAGAAAGGUGUAAUUUCUAGCUGAUCACACAAUCCACUGUAAGAAAUGAUGUUCAAGCUGCAUUAUAUAAAUGAUGAUUCUGUGAAAAAGUAAAUUGCAAUACAAAUGAA